CUCCUCUGGAUCAUGACUAACAAUUCCAUGGUUAAAGUCAACAAAUUUAAUUAAGGCAGUUUACUAUACCAAAGAAAGGAACAGUUUUGGAAACCACAUACCCAUGUUCUUCCAUGCAUAGUGAUUCAACACGUUCAUGUCUCUAGCUUGAUUUCAUCUCUUUCUCUAUAUAUGACACAAACCCAACUUCUGAUUCAUCAUCAAAAUCAAAUCUCUUCUCUUUAAAAGCUUUUGAUUCUUAGCUUAGUUCUCCUGGUUCUACCAUUAAAAGAAAAGCAGGAUGAGUGUGGAAGUUUUGGACGGUGCCACCAUUGUCAACUUUGUGGAGGACGAAGAAGCAUUCACUGUGUCAAUACGUGAUCGCUUUGCUCACCUUGACACAGACCAAGAUGGUCUUCUUUCAUAUGCAGAAAUGUUGAAGGAGCUGCAGAGUCUCAGGGUUUUCGAGACUCACUUUGGGAUCGAUGUGAAGCGAGACCCAGAAGAGUUGGCUCGAGUUUAUGGUUCUCUGUUUAAACAGUUUGAUCAUGACUUGAAUGGGAGAGUAGAUUUGGAGGAGUUCAAAGAAGAGACCAAGCAGAUGAUGCUGGCCAUGGCUAAUGGGUUGGGUUUUUUGCCUGUUCAGAUGGUGUUGGAAGAGGAUAGUCUCUUGAAGAAAGCUGUGGAGAGGGAGUCUGCUUCUGCUUCUGCUGCUGCUUAAAAUUCUUUCCAUUCUCUGCUUCUGUUUUAUUUUUCCUUUCUGUGCUUUCGCAAUUCGCAUAACUUGAAAGUCUAUUUCUUAUUCAUUUUUGUUGUCUUUAAUUUUUCUCAAUGUAUGCUAAGCUUAGAUCUUUUACCAAUGAAAAUUUAAUUUGUUCUA